UAACAUUUUAAAUGAGUAAGUAAAAAACUUCCCACCAACUAACCCAUCCCCAAACCACUGCUGGUUAUAUAGCAGCAGUGUUAGUUUCUGUCACAGUUCUUUUCAGUCCAUACCUUGUAACAGUGUGCCAGCUGAAACCCCAUCCUGAUGUGUGAAAUACACGUGUCCCCAUUCCAGCCCCAAGUACAGCAUUUGCUGAAGAAGAGACAGAAGCAGUAGGUGGGGCAAGAGACUCUUCCCAUGACUAGGAGUGCUGAGACAUCCAGCGUUUGUUGUGGGCACAGUUUCUGUUGGCUUUGUAAGAGUGUACACUGUACAUGGCUACAAGAACACCUGAACAGAGCCUUUCUAGUUCCAUUGUUUUGUGUCCACUAUUCCUCUUCUUUACACCAUAUUGUCUACCUAUCGACUUCUCUCCCUCCAGCUGUCACCAGCCAACUUCUUAAUCUUUUGCUCUUUCCCAACAUUCCACUUGCUUGCCCUGCAUUCUAUAACCUCAUAGGCAUUAAGUGUUACAAUUGCUCUGCAUUUUGAGGUGAUAUAGGAAGCUGCCUUGCACCAUUGUAAGACCAUUGGUCCAUCUAGCUCAGUAUUGUCUGCUUCACUGACUGGCAGUUGCUCUCCAAGGAAAGGGCAGGAGCCGUUUCCAGCCCUAUGUGGCAAUGUUAGGGAUUGAACUGGGAUUUUCUGCAUGCAAAGCAGAAGCUCUGCCCCUAAGCUGCUCUCCCAUCAAAUUCCAUUCCAAAUGCUGUCAAGCUCAAACUCUAUUCAGACAUUAUGUUGUACCUUUCAGAUGGCUGCACAUGCUUUUGUGUGAACGACUGUAUUUACCAUUAUUUUAACGUGAACCUGGCUACAAGCUCUGUGAAAUGCAUGAUACAGAUAGAGCCGUGCUCCUAUUUCUGCAAAACUUGUUGCCAAUAUGUUAUCAGUUGCUGGAGCAGACCACAUCAUUACCAUGGACUUGCAUGCUUCCCAGAUACAGGGCUUCUUUGACAUCCCAGUGGACAACCUGUAUGCAGAACCAGCAGUGUUGCAGUGGAUUAAAGAAAAUAUUGUGGAUUGGAGAAACUGUGUCAUUGUCUCACCUGAUGCAGGUGGAGCCAAAAGGGUCACUUCCAUUGCGGACAGACUUAAUGUUGAAUUUGCUCUGAUUCACAAAGAGAGAAAGAAAGCUAAUGAGGUGGAUCGAAUGGUCUUGGUUGGGGAUGUGACGGAUCGUGUAGCAAUUCUGGUGGAUGAUAUGGCAGACACUUGUGGCACGAUAUGUUUUGCAGCAGACAAGCUAGUGUCUGCAGGAGCAACUAAAGUUUAUGCCAUUCUCACUCAUGGGAUCUUUUCUGGCCCUGCUAUUUCUCGGAUCAAUAAUGCUGCCUUUGAAGCUGUAGUAGUAACUAACACAAUCCCACAGGAAGAGAAAAUGAAACACUGUCCCAAGAUUCAGGUUAUUGAUAUUUCCAUGAUUCUGGCAGAAGCAAUCCGAAGAACACACAAUGGUGAAUCUGUGUCCUACCUGUUCAGCCACGUCCCACUAUAACUACAGCAUGUUGUAUUAUGCAUCAUUACAUCAAAUGUGGCUCUAUUAAGGAAAUGAAUGUCUAUGAAAGCUUCAGGUUGACUAUAUGUACAUUCCUUCUUCUAAUAUGGACAGUAUAGAAUACCAGCAUCUUAAAAUGGUUUCUCUCUAUGUAUUUUGUUACACCUUUUUAUAAAUCUGCUUUGGGCUUUAAAAGGGGGAAGUGAUAUUUGGCUGACUUGGUAAGAGGCAAAUGUUGCAUAAAAAUUAGCAAGGCAGUGAUACCUUGCAAAGGCCAAAGUUAAUUCAGGAGUUUGUACCUAAUAAAUGCACUUGCUGAUUGUUGAACCCCACUCAGAACAGAAUCUUAGGCUCCAAACUCGAAAGGUUUAGAUAAAUGGCCUCAGUCAUGUUCCCUACUGAAGACAGCAGUGUCUGUCAAGCUCGCAGAUAUUUUGUGUUAGGAUGAUCUUAUGCAUCUCUGGAAAAUGGCUGUGGAAGAAUCCUGAAAAACUCUAAAUAGCUGGGACCUGAAUGCGCCCUAGAGUGCAUCUUAAAUUGCUGACUUGAGGACUUAAUUGCAAGUCUUAUCUCUUAACUCAGUGUGGCAGCAGACCUAGCUGGAGUUUCAUAUGUUUUGGUUAGUGACUUCAAGUAUUAAAGCAUGUGGAGUCUCUUUCAAAAUCUACUUUAACUGCUUACACCAGUAUUUGGUGUAUGACACUUUGUUUUUUCUUUCUUUCUUGUAACACUCAGUUGCACCUCACUCAUUUGGUUCUGAUCUGUUCUGGUGCCUUUUCUUGCUGGGGCAUAGGAAUUGUUGCAACAUAAAGAAAGUGUCAGAAUUGCUUUAGACACGUGUUACUCUUCCUGGAAAUCGAGGCAAUGUUAGAAUGGGAAGGAGCUGCAGUGUAGACCACCUGCAUAGCCUAGGGCUUCUGAGACUACCUGUGUGGUUCUGAUGCCAUGUAGCACCAGUGCCCAUGCUGUGAGGGUAAUAUGAGAAGGGGCCCAGAGUCUCUUCUUUUCUGUCCGAUAACUUGAUUGUCAUAGUUGGUAUGUGCUAUAAAAGGAAGCAAUCUUAAAACAUCAUAAGAACUCACACUGUUCUUAUUGAUGCCUAAUGGGUUAGGGAAGUCUGAGUGAUAUACCCUUGAAUUGGAUUUCUUCUCUUUUAGUAGGGAGCUGAAGCUGCUGCUUAUGCAGAAGAUAAACAUUUAAACUUACUUUAUACAAGGAAUACACUGUAAGGUAUCAGCUUCUCCUUUAAAAAAAAUCAAAUUCUCACAAGACCAUAUAUAUUCUCAGAAGCUUUCUCUAUAGGGGAAGUGAAACAAUCCUGUAAAUAAUUUUGUUGUAUAAACUUGAUUUGUCAGCAGUUUUUUCAAGAGAUUACUAAAAGUUGGUCAAGAUAGGUGCCAAAGUUGGUAUACUCACAAUCAUGAAAUCUGUGUACAUGCAGUUAGUAGCAAAAUAUGUCUUUAAUGAAUAUAAGUUGCAGCUGCUGGAUUACACUACAAAGAUAAAUACUUGUAAAACAGAAUUGGUACUCUUGAUCCAGGGCCAAAAAUCUACAGUGACAAAAAUUUGAAUAGAAUUUUAAAAUGGAUUUCACUUCUCUUGAUCGUUUUAUUUCUCCUUCUGUGCUGGUUACAGCAAUAAGGGAACAGUAGAUAAAGUUAAACUGAAAACCAUUUUCAGUUUAAAUGUCUGCUUACUAAAACAAACAACUUAACUUGCUUUGGAUUCAGAGUCUUUACAGUAUCUGUCACUUGCCUGCCAAAGAACGUUGAUACAACAUUGCCUAAGUGUUUUUUUGCUUCCAUAUUAUGCCAUAUAGCUUACAAAAAUGGGACCAACUGAAAACUUUUUAACUCAUGUGAUAAGCCUAUCUAUUGGAUCUCUGUUUCAAAUGACAUCUGGAAAGGUUUGUCUAUUAUUGUGUUAAAGUUUUCUCAAUAAAUCGUAAAACAGCAUUA